AUGGCGCCCGCGCGUGUGCAAUGAUCGGCUUUACUGUAGCAGACGGAACAUAUUGCUUCGUCAACGUUUAUUUCUGUUUUGAUGUGCGCAAAUUCUUUACUGGGCACACACUGGUUUAUCAAAUAACUCUACUCCAACAUUUCUAUCAAAAUUAUAUCUAUCUCAUGAAAUUUCCAUUUUGGGAGAUCCUCCACCAUCUCCUGUCACCGUCUAUUCUCCUGUCUAUUUACUCAAACGUGGACUUCCGAUUUGUAAUGCAAACGUCAAUGUGACAAUUGUUGAAUGAUACACUAUAAUAUGGUAUCACUAUCAAGUCGAUUCGAUAAGUUAAAGUGGAGAGUGACAUUUGAGUGAAACUUAAUGUGUCCAGUAAGAAUUCAUAAAAAUUCUUUAUGAAAACUCAAUCUCGCGAUAAUGCGAGAAGAGAACUAUAUUUCACGUCCGAUCAUUGAUAAGGACCAUCGAAUAGGAAAUUUCCAAUGAACGUUCCACUAUAUGGACUUCUUGGAGUUGCGGCUGCUCUACUGAUAUAUAUUAUUGGAAUUGGAAUGAUACUGAAGCUGUUUAUUUGUCUGCUAGCCUUAAUUUUAGGAAUAAUCACAUGUAUAUAUAGAACAUAUGGUGCAAACCUUGACAAUGCAGUUAAGUCUGAAAGGGAAGACUUAAACAAGAAGACUGAAAAGUUACGGCAGUAUAUUCUAGAUCUGUCCACCCAGAAGAUGACCUUUACUUUAGAUAGAAGAAUCACUGGGAGCCGUAUUAUUGACGAAUCCCUGCAAGAAAUACUAGAUUUCGUUAUCAGAGAUUAUGUGGAACCAUGGUACAGCAUUAUUACAGACGACGAGGAGUUUAUAUAUUCUGUUCGAGACACUGCUCAGAAAAUAGCAAUCAACAUUGCAAAUCGGGUGAAAGGUGUAGAUUGGGUACCAUACUUAACCACGCGCCUCGUGGACGAUGCAGCUUCUCAUGUUAGGCUCUAUCGACAGGCAAGAGCGAGGAUAAAACAGCUUCGAGCCAAGAAAUUGCAGAAAGGUAGUGCCAGCUCAAGCACUUCCAGUGGCACACCUAAGAAGACUCCCACGCAUAGGCGAAAUAAAAGUGAAACGGACGUCUCUUGGUAUUCCCAGUCUAAGUUCUACAUUCCCAAUUUAUCUUCCCUCACGGAACCAAUCGAAAGUAACGAGGAGAAAGAAGAGGAAUCGCUGGAAAAGAUAUUUUUCGACCUGGAGGUGCAAAUGGAGAAUGAUUUAAUCUGCAGGGACCUGGUGUGCACUAACAGCACUCAGGAACUUGAAUUUUUGGGAGAGAUAUCUGAAAUUCUAUUAUAUCUUGUAUUACCAAAAGGAGAUUUCGAUUGUUUGACUGUAAGAUUUAUUUUAAGGGAGUUAUUAGUGAAUGUGAUUAUUAAACCAUUGUUGGAUCUAUUCUCCGAUCCUGAUUAUAUUAAUCAGGCGUGUAUAUGGCUGUGCGCUAAAGAAGGUGGCUUACCCAGCGAUGUGUUUUUAACGGUGAUUAGAGUGACGGAUAGCUUAGAUGAAUUAACGGCGACGAAAAAUAUAGUUUGUAAAGAAAUAGCCCAUCUUCGUUCUAAGGAUUCUGGAGGAGAGGAUGAUCUGUCGGUAAAACAACAAUUGAAUAGUUUACUCUACGUAAAGAAGAUUUUGGAAACCAGGAUUAUCGGGAUGCAGGAGGGACUAGAGUCAGAGACCGACUUAAUCGGUACUCAGCCCGAUUGGAACAGGCUACUGAUGCCUGGACAGAAGUUAGUGAAUUUACCCCUAGAUGAGCUAUUGAAGAAUAAUAUCGCCUUGAGUUACUUCAUCGACUAUAUGACCUCCAUAAAUGCAGAAUCAUACCUGUUCUUUUAUCUAAAUAUCUAUGGCUGGAGGGUAUCGGCAGAGCAACAGAUAUCCAACAUAGAAUUGCAGAAGUUGCACGCGGCACAAGCUACUCCUAGUCUCAUAGGUACCAAGCGUAAAAAUACGGAUCUGGAAAAUUUAAAGGAAGCAGCUAUCAAAAUCUACCAGCAGUACCUCAGCGACAAGGCAUCUCUAAAGUUACAACUGGACGAUGCCUUGACAAAGACUUUGUUAACCAGAAUAAAAACUGAGUCUGUGAAAGAAACAUGGUUCGACGAUCUUAGAGCUUCUUGCUACGAAAAAUUACAAAACGAGGAUCGAUUUUUGCCGGGUUUUAAAAGAUCCAAGGCUUACGUAAAACUUCUCGCGGAAUUGGAUCUUUUGAAAGAUCCAACAUCUGAAGAAGAUACAAAAUCUUUGGAUAGUAUCAGUUUGUCGAGUACGAAUAACGAACUAGAGACUCUGGAUGAGAUGUCUGAAAUAUACAAAACCGAGGAUACUAAACCGGCUGAAUUAAAGGAUAGUAAAUCGAAAUCUAACUCUUCGACGAGUUUGGCCAGUAUCGUGGAGCCAAACGAAGACAGAUCGGUUGAAUCAGAUUCUUCGAUCAACAUUAGAACCAUGAAGAGUAUGAGAAAGGCGAUUAGUAUUGAUACGGACCACAUCAGCGAGGGUAAAGAUGUCUCUUUCUAUCUGGAAUCGAAUUCAGAACAAUUUGUUAAAUUAGAUGAGAACACUUAUGAUCAGAAUGCCAUUAAGAAGUUGCAACAGGGAAAAUUCGAAAUUACGGCCAAGAUUAUCGAGACUGGAAUAGUUAAUGAUCGUGGAAAAACUUAUGGUAUCUACGCAGUAGCCGUGACCAAGAAUUACGAUUCAGGUUAUCAAGAGAAGUGGCAUAUUUAUAGGAGAUACUCUGAUUUUUACAAUCUUCAUCAAAAGAUCAAAGAAAAGUACUACGAUUUGGCGAAAAUUCCUUUUCCAGCGAAGAAGGCUUUUCAUAAUAUGGAAAGAACUGUUUUGGAAAGAAGAAUGUUGAUGCUGAACGCCUGGUUGCAUCAAUUAACGAAACCAGCUGUCGUCGAAGGACAUAUGGGUCUACAGAAUUUGUUACUGAACUUUUUCGAGCAGGGGGAUUACGAUAAAGGUGUUACUGGUGGACAGAUAUCUAAAACGAUAGAUACUCUGAUGAAUCCAUUGAAAACGUCAAUGAAAACAGUAACUCAGGCAGUGAAAACUAUGCCGGAUAAUAUGCUAAAUACGGUAGAUGGAGUUAUGGACAAUAUAAGUAAAUUUUUUGGCAAUCCAAAGAAACCCAACGCCUUCUAUGAGAACACAAAAGUUAGCGCUAGUCUGGAUGUGGAGACCAACGACAACAUUCCCUUACGAAUAAUGCUACUAUUGAUGGAUGAAAUCUUCGACUUAAAAGUGAGAAACCAAUGGCUCAGACGACGAAUAAUAACGUUACUCAGGCAGAUCAUUCGCACUAUGUUUGGCGACAUAGUAAAUCGAAGAAUAGUCGAAUACGUUUCCCUAUUAACGAGUCCAGCCAGGGUAGCUGGUUACUUAAAAUUAUUUAAGAACAGUUUCUGGCCAAACGGAAUUAAAGCCGAAAAGAAACCACCCAGGGAUGCAGAAACGAAGAACAGAACAAGGGUAGCAGCCAAGGUUGCCCUUCUAUCCUGUCUUUCGGAUGAAUUGAAACAUAUCAUAGGUAGUGAAACAACCAGGAGAGGCCUUCUGAGAGUGUUUGAGUUGUUCCAGCGACCUGUGCUCAACAGAAGACUUCUGUACGCACUUCUAGAAGGAAUUGUAGAGACUCUGUUCCCCCAGAACAACUUGGUGGACAUUUUCCGAAAACUCUACUCGGUUUCACCAAGGUUACAACAAAGAAACUUUCAGAAAACAUAAGAUCUGAUAAUUCUAUUCAGCGUAUUUUGGAGUUAGGAACGCCUAUGAAUCUCUUUAUCGAAUACUAUCUGCACCAAAGACCUUGAACAGUAUAGUGAAAUGGAGGAUGACUGUUUACCAGCUCUUGAGUGAGCGAUUGAUUUCUCAAAAAUGAAUGGGAGGAGAAAUCAUAUUGUCGAGUAAAUAUUUUAUAGAGGAAGCUAGGGGAACCAAUACUCAUGCCUAUAAAUUUUAUCUAUAGAUGAAUUGUAAAAUACAAAGGACGAAUUUCCUUAAUCGAUGCUCAACUGGAAGAUUACCUAAAAACUCGUUAGGGGUAAUGUGAUUAUGUACAUUAUUAUCUCGAGCAGCCAAUUUCAUUGCAAUAAACAAGGGAAGAAAAGAUGGAAGUAGUCAUUUUUCAAACUGGGAACAAUUUGAAAGUUCUGUAGAGAAAAAGAAUUUCUAAAUCAUACUCUCAAUUUCUAUUAAUAUGUAUAUUCGAAUAAAAUAAGCGCAGUAAUCCAGUGGCCAAAUAAGUCUAAUAAACUAUUUACACGAAUUAAUUCGAGCACUUUAAUCGAGUUUUGCUGGUAGGUUACGGAACGUUUCACAAAUCUCUCGAAUACCUCGUAGAGACACGCGUAUUUAAGAAGGUUAUGCAUUCCAAUUUGCAUUUUAGCAAUGUACUUCAUAAAAGAACACUUUUUACACGUGUACUAGAAGACCAACUUUUUCAUGAUGGUGUUAUUCUUUAUUGUACAAACCGUCGCGAAAAUACAAUACUUAAUUCGCCGAAAGAUCUUCAAUGUAUCGUGCCAUUUCAAACCUACACGUAGCAAGGACAAAAGCAAGUAAAACCAAGUUUCUGUUUAUUCGAAUCUCUUUGAAGAAUUUCUUCGGACAGCUAUAAGUUUGUAAAAUCUUAAUUUAAUUCCUCUGUCGUUAACGAAUGUAAUUAUUCUUAACGAUAGUGUAAAAUUGUUGUAAAUGUCGUACAAUUGUAUAUAUACAUGAACGUUAUUUCUAUCGUGUUGAAGCGCCAUAUCUGUCAUCGUUUACUUAUUAUUAAAGGAAUUGUUUAUAAAUC